ACACGUGCGCCACAUAGUGUAUAGGUGUUCUGUGGCCGCAUGCUCGAAGAUAGACGCAUCCGUAUAGCAAGUUGUCCUCUGCUGCCGCACAACAGGCGCAAUCAUUUAGAAAAGCCAGCAGGAAGCGCGCGCGGCCUCUACACCGAAGAACUUUCCCGGAAAGGGCGAAUCCGCGAUAGCGAGACAUGCUUCCUCAGUCCGCGACUCGUGCAGCGUUGCUGCUUCGUUGCGCGCCGGCGGCCGCUGUUUCCAGGGCGAGCAUGGCUUCGAAGAGCAAGAUACCGGCCGAGUAUCGCAAGCUGGUGUGCGUAAAGACGACGCCAAAGUUUCGCGACGCGGUAUCCGUGGUUACGGUGCCCAUGCCGAAGCCUGGGCCGGGCGAAGUUCUCGUGCGCACCUGCUACGCCGGUAUCAAUGCAUCGGACGUCAAUGCAACCGCCGGCCGCUACGAAAACGCACCGAAGGAACACCCGUUCGACCUGGGAUUCGAGUCUGUAGGCGAAGUGGUCGCAGUCGGCCCAGACGUCGAUGGGCUUCAGGUCGGCAACGCCGUGGCCACGACCAACUUCCCCAGGUUCGGCGCGUUCGGCGAGUACCAAUGCCUGAAGGCGACGCGCGCGUACCGCAUACCACAGGCCAUACCCGAGGUAGUGGCGCUUCUGGUGAGCGGACUCACGGCCGCCAUCGGUCUCGACCGACAGGGUCGCAUUAGCGCUGGCGAGACAGUGCUCAUCACGGCGGCCGCCGGAGGUCUGGGUCAUCUGGCCGUGCAGUACGCGCGCGCAGCCGGCUGCCGCGUAGUGGCCACCUGUUCCUCUGAGCAGAAAGAGGAGUACCUGCGCAGCUUAGGCUGCGAGAAGGUCAUCAACUAUCGCACUCACGACCUUGGCGCCGAGCUGGGCAAGGCGUACCCCGAAGGCGUCGACGUCGUCUGGGAGACCGUGGGUGGAGAGACGUUCGACACUCUCUUCAGGAAGCUGCGUCCACGAGGCCGCCUCGUUGUGGUGGGCGCCAUCAAGGGCUAUCUCGAUGACGACAAGCCGUUCCCGGAUGUCGAUCUGCGCAAUUUGCCGUACCGACUUCUCGCACGCUCGACAACUCUGGCGGGCUUCUUGUUGACCAGCUAUGCCGACCUGUUCCCGGAGUAUGUGGCUAAGCUGUACAUGAUGCUGCAAGACGGCACCCUCGUACCCAGGGUAGACCUAGGGGUCAAUGCCGAGGGUGGGGAACUGAAGGGUGUCGAGGGAUGCAUUCGCGGCGUCGAGUACCUCCACUCUGGCAAGAGCGUCGGCAAGGUGGUUGUUAAGUUUGACUGACCUUACACCGCCUCUUCAACCAUGUAAUCAAUCACUUGGAAAACUACUAAAGCAGCUCUGGCCAGGUGUUCAACUCUUCCCACAGACAUGUCCUUAUGCUUUCUCCAGCAGAACGCAGAUAAUAUGAUGGUGAUUGCUAGCGGAAAUACAUAGACGGAGGCCUCGAAUUAUUGAUGCUGGAUGCGUCCCAUAUCUGAAGUUGGGUAGUGUAUGUAUAUAUCAAGUUUUAUUUUUAUGCUGAGGACUACAUCUAUAAAGGUCUUGACGACGAGCCUGGACAGUUGCACACUGGUUAAAAAUAUGAACGAAAGUUGCAACAAGUCCUCGGCAAAACAUUUUCCGGCGAUGUAGCAGUUACAACUGCUGCAACAAAAUAAUCUGUCACCGGCUAGCAAAGGCGGACUAUUUGCAGCUAAAACAUGACCAAAUGUGGCAAUUUUCAUGACUUCUGAAACUUUUGCAGUCAGCUAUGCAACAUGAUUCACUCAUUGUGUUGCAUUUUUUGCAGCUCAGCCAUUCACCGGUUCGUCAUCGCAAGUGCCUGCUCUGCAAUAAUCAAAUAACUUAUGAGAUGGGCGCAGGUUAUCACAGAAGUAAAUGCAGUGAGAGCUGCAGCCCUACUGCCCAAGAAUCCUUAUAACUGGCUGGUUACAACUUUUUCAGAAGCCCUGGAAAAUGCGACUCUUGUAUCGUGUGCAAAUUAAGAUGCAUACAAUGGCCAAGUGCGCCUGUUGCAACAACAUUGAUCUGCUAUUGUGGAGCACAUAUUAGUUAUCUCUUGCGAGUUUUGCACUUUGUGAAGUGCUGAUUCUGCGCUGCACACCAGCGCAGCUGCCCAAGAACGAAAAGAGAGACUUGGGCAUAAGAACCUGCCAGUGCCAACACAUGUACAUACUCCAGAUAUUGCUCAAAUUGUGCCGUGCAGACUCGGGGAUAUUGUGCAUGGCCUAUGACAAAGCUUUACACACAUUUUGCAAACAAUGUUAUCACUUCAUAUUACAGACAGCCUGUUCUUGAAGGGUCAAGAGCUGCCAAUAUCAGCUAGGCCUUGUCACUGUUUUAUAAGAGAAGUGAUUGAAGCAUUUGGUCUGGGCAAAGGAAAGAUUGAAAAUUGGGCUGACUUAGCAGGAAAUGUUCAUAUGUGGUGUUUAUAGGCAUGAUAUAAAUAAAAGAAGAUAAUGGUGUUCCUUA